GUCGACCGGGAGCAGAGGAGCUGAAACAAAAUGACUUCUCAGCUCGAAGAGAAAAGAUACGACCCCAAAGACACCGGUCUGAAGUUUGUCAACAGACCAGAUGAUCUGGAUCCACUACCACCAGAUGAGGGAGACCAGGGCCUCCGUGCAGAGAUGUCCUGCGGUCAUGCCGUCACCCCGGAGUCUCUCACUGGGUGGUGCCGCAGCCUGCUGGAUCAGGGUCAGUACAAAUUCAAGUGCCCAGCUUUAGGGGAAGGCACCUUGAGGUGUGAUGCUGAGUGGUCUUACCAAGAGGUGCGCAGACUGGCGGUGCUGACACCCGAAGAGAUGCAGUACUUCGAGGAGAACAUCGCACGUCUGGCUGCCACAGUAUACUGUGAAUUUAAAACAUGUCCCGGGUGUAAAACCUAUGUGGAGAGACAGGACCCGAGUAACCUCAACGUGCAGUGCACAGUCUGCACCGCGGACAAGAAGCACUUUUACCAUUUCUGCUGGCAGUGUCUGAAGGAAUGGAAGGGUGCAGCUCCGCGCUCUGACCGCUGCGACAACGACGGCUGCGUCAACCACGACCUCGAGCUCCUCAAGAACUGCAGGACCACCGACCUCCCUCAGGUGCAGGGGGUCGACGCGUGUCCCUCCAUCCGGGCCUGUCCCACCUGCGGUCAGAGGGUGGAGCACGACAAAACGGGCUGCAAGAACAUCAUCUGUCCUCGCUGCCAGGUCGAGUUCUGCUUUGUGUGCCUGAAGCUCACUCCCGAGUGCCUGAGUACGAGCUCCUACUUCAUCGCCUGCACUGAUGGUGUCGCUCCCAGACAAACCUCCAUACCUGUGUGGCGCAGAAACUAAGAGCGAAUGUGCACACGGUCACCGCUCAUGACGAAGCUCGCUGCCUUCUUCUGUCUUCUGUAACAUUGAACGCAUUACACACACGUCUUAAUCUUCGUAAUGCUGCCACUGAAAGUUAUUUACUGAUCUUUGUUCAUGGUUCAUCAUUGAUAACUUAAUAAAAUGUACCCAAACUUA